AUGGCAGGACUUUCACAAGAAGACCGCAACAUUAUCAAGAACCAUCCUCUAACUGAUUCAGUCGAUAUUUUUCGACGCAUGCUUCAGGAAGUUGAAAACUACUAUGAGUUGCACCUAGGCGCUGUCGAUAGCCUUGACCAACUCUAUCGGGGAGUGACUUCAGCACUCCUCACUGCUUUACAGGGAGAGGGUGCGGCUUACAACCUUCGCUCACGGAUGAGUGAUGAUGGAAAUGUGGCGUCUGAUCUAGCACACUUAGUCAAGCGCCUCCAAAACCCAAAAGGAAACUUCACUUCAGGUACAAUGAGUAUCGCCUGCUGGUAUCCCUGCUGCUGUGUGCGUGAGGUCUUUGCUGCGCAGCCCACCUGGAGGUUCAUUCAUGCAUUUGCUGUCUGCGGGACCAAGAUGGAGGCAUGGGUGUUUGACCGCUCAGGCCCCUACAGCUCACGCAUCAUUGAUGUCUUCACAGACUCAAAACAGUUCUUUAAAGUGCUUGUGGGCUACACCAUGAUGAGUGAUGAGGAGCUGGGACUGGACACCUUUAUUGCUAGAGAUGAAAGUGGCAACAAAUCAAUAACUGUCAAAGAGCCUGGGAACUCAGAGGAAAAGAAGGUGCUGCUGGGUAGAAUGCUUUCCUAUCAGCAUGACAUUGUGUGUCAUGGAACCACAUGUUUUCUUGCAAAUGAUGGACAAGUGAAGGGUGUAGCCAAAUUCUCAUGGGUGUCAGACAAGCGAUAG